UGCCCUCCAGGCGAGAGGAUGCUGCGGCUUGUUAGUGUUGUCAGUGUAGUCAGUGGUAGUCAGUGUAGUAGUCAGUGUGUGUCGUGUUUUUUUCAUACUUUUCGGUGGCAGAACAGGCAGAACAGCAACAGGAAUCAGUUUGUUUCAAGGCGUCGGAGCGCGCGGUUCGGAAAUAGAAUCCUGCGAGGCGGGUGGUUAUUGUCGUGUGUUUUUUGCAGGACUCGUCGUGUUUACAGCCCGCAACUGCUGUCAAAGGAGUUCCCCCAUGAGCCAUGAGUGCUGGUUGUGUGGGCGAAUGCCUUGAAUAAACGCUCCUCAAAUGCUGGACUCAUUAGCCAAAAACAUAGGAUAUACUUGUACUAGAUCUAAAGCGAGUUACUCGGGACUGAGAGGAUAACUAGUGUGACGAUGAUUCAGAUACUGACACAUCGUCCCAAUUGCAGUCCUUUAGUGGUGUUUGUGUUGCUUCUAAUCGACCAGCGACUCUUCGCGGACUCGAGUGUUCCAGUAUUGCAAAAUCCCUCGGAUGAGUACACGAAGUACGUCCCGAUCGAGGAACUCAAGUUGCCAGAGGAUCAGGAACUGGUGGUCCGACUGCCGUCAAACUCGCUGCUCAAAUACACAUCCUACAAAGAUGUGUCCAUCCUGCAUUUCGAUGUUCCACCCGAUUCUCGAACGGCUUACUUCACCUUCAAAGCCUUCGAGGAUCCCAAAAGUGCCUUUCAACGGAAGUGUAAGCCUAAGGAUGUGACAUUGCAUCUGAAGGCGAGCAGUUACCCAGUGAUAAGUCCAGAAAACAUAACCUUUCCAAAGAACUUCUUUACCGCAGAUCAGAGAUAUAAAGUUUAUGACCUGCAGUUUUUAUCUAAUGAACAGCAACAGCAUAUUACCAUUGAAGGACCUCACAUUGGCAAUUGGUUCGCAGUGGCUUUUGUGAGUUGGUCGGAUCCCAAUAAUGACCGCAUUGAACAACAAGGACUCAGUGCAUCGUGCGACACCCUGUUGUCGGCCGAAAUGUCCGUGUCCCGCUUCCGUCCGGUUAUCAUAAACAGCGGUCAGGAGCAUCAGGACAAUCUGACGAGCCUUGUCCUCCCCGACCUGAAUGGAGCCAAUGAAACCAGUGCCAAGGAGGGACUCAACACAUCCAGACCCCUUCGCUCCGUUCCGCCCAAGCAGCAGAAACAAAAACAUGCGGCUUUAAAGGAAUCCAAAGGGUUUUCGGGACAGGGGGACAAACCCAGCAGAGCUGCUCGAUUUCAAAACAUCACGGAAAACCACAACAGCACGCGGACCGCAAACAAUGAAAUCAUUUACAGAUUCUAUGUGCCAGACGAUAUCGGCGACGCUUUGGCCCGCAUAAUGUUCGACCAGGUUUGCGACGAUUGUCCCUCGGUUGGCUUCCAUGUGCGGGCCAAUGGUUACCCACUGAGCGGUACGGAUCACUACCACAGUCACGGCACCAUCAUCCGGCCAAACCAGACCGCGGAAAUAUCAAUUCCAUUCGGCGUGCAGCCAAACACGUGGCACUACGCCCUCUUGACCUUUGUCAACGGGGCGGAUGAAUCGGAAAUACCUUUGGAGAGCAGUGUGAAUUAUAGCUUGCCAUAUGCCCUGCAAAUUGAUUACAUUACGGAAGAGCCGGCAGAGCUGUUGGAAAAACCAAAGAGUGUGGAAAAUGGCUCUAAUAGUUCCGCUCCCAAUCCCUGGGAGCCAACAAAGUUCCGCCAAAUGAACUUUUACUCGCUGCUGCGGCAAACCUACCGUGAGUUCUUCAUGUUCGACUACGAUCUCCGGCCGGAUGUUAAUGGCACGGUGCCCGAGACCCUCAAUCUUACGGCCAAGAUCCACUCGGGGUUCGCCUUCGAUCUGGGUGAGGUGUCGGACAUUGGAGGCACUCUUACCUUUGCCAUUUCCAUGAAGGAGGCCCAUCGCGCGAGUUUGAGGAUGAGUCUGCCCACUCAGCCGCCGGAUUUGGGUGGCAUCCUGGCCGAGAGGCUGAUCGGGGAUCCCAAGGAUGAGGUGGUGCCCGCCACUACUGCAGCCAGUAACCAGAGCAUGCAGAUUGUGGUCUGCACGCAGCUGGGUGAACCAGGUGAACCCGAGUAUCCGGACAAGUGUCGCUAUGGACAGCGGUUGAAACAGGCCUCCAUUAUUGUAAAUCACACGGAGAGCAUGGGAUUGGUGCACGUUCCCUUUCCAGAAAGUGGAAGAUGGUACGUGACAAUGGGUCUCUUCUGCCAUGGAUCUGGAACCGCUCGCGUGUCAAUCCUAGACAGCGUUAAGGAGUUUAUCAGCAAGCACCAGGACACCCUCCAGGAUAUGCGAUCCCGUUGCAGCUGCGCAGAAUCAGUCCCACGCUACUUGGCCUGCAUUAAGUCUCCGGAUUGCCUAGCAUCGAUGAACGAAAGCGAGACGCUGAAGGUGAAAGAGUGCCUCCUGGAAGACCAGUGCAGCAGCAAUCCCCAGGAGAUGACGCGGCUCUUUGUGGAGCACCACAAGGCGUCGAUGGAGCAGCACCUGGCGGUGGAGAACUGCAACACCUCGGUGGUGUUCUCGGUGUCCUCCAGUCCCUGUGUGGCGGGCAGGUGUGGACGCUUCGGCAGGUGCUAUCACUACAUGUCCGGAGGAUUCGUCUUCUCGACGUGCGUUUGCUCGAAGGGAUACCGGGGAUGGGACUGCACGGAGGACUCGCAGGUGCCCACCAACAUGUCCAUCCUGCUGGCCACUCUGCUGCUCACGCUGAGCAACCUGCUCUUCUUCCCGAGCAUCUACAUGGCGGUGAAGAGGCGCUAUUUCACCGAGGGCGUCAUCUACUUCUUCGCCAUGUUCUUCUCGAUUUUCUACCACGCCUGCGAUGCCGGCGAGGAUGAGUACAGCUUCUGCCUGGUGAAGAUCGGGGUGCUGCAGUUCUGCGACUUCUACUGCGGCCUGCUGAGCAUCUGGGUGACCCUGGUGGCCAUGGCCCACGUCCGUCCCGAGUUUGUAUCGCUGCUCCACAUGUUCGGCGCCAUCCUGCUGGCCUUUGGAACGGAGCUGAACAAGCAGAGUCUGUGGGUGUUCCUGGCCCCGGCUCUCACGGGGAUCUGCCUGAUCUCGACCAGCUGGGGAUUGCGGUGCUCCAAGUCCCGGAAGCUCUUCCCGUCGAGGAGGUACCUCUCGGUGUGGCUGCCAUUCGGACUCACCCUCGUGAUCGCCGGCCUGGUGUGCUACGCCUUCCUGCAGACCAAGCAGAACUACCACAUCGUCCACUCCAUUUGGCACAUGGUCAUGGCCCUGAGCAUCCUGUGCCUGCUGCCCUCCAGAAAGUCCUUCCUGCCGAAGUGCUAACACGCGGAGUUCAGUUCCCAUGCCGCGGAGCUCCUGCUGUCCCAGGACCAGGAGUUCCACAUGUGAGAAUGGUGACUUCGUGGCCGGAAACCCAGGACCUUAUAGCUUUCCCUCGCCCGCCAGGCGAACAACGUUACAGGACCCUAUCUAGUUAUAGAAUAAACCCUUACUUAGUUUGUACAUAACAAUACUCAUAGCAGUAGUUGGUAAAAUGAAGAGAUCUUGGAAUUGAUCAAAUGAGCACUGAACGUUCACUAAAGGAUGCACGGAUAAAUAGAUGGAUACUGAUACGCAAUCGUUAUGAUGUUUGUUUACCUAUCCUAAGCCAUACAAAUCUACGCACUAAGGCCUAUUACUCUAGAACUUAUUUCAACAGCCUUACUAAAUUUAAUGAAAUGCACGCGUGGAAAUGUGUACCAAUAACUUAUAGUGUAUAUAACUACUUGCUAGAUAAAUCGCAGAUUGUAAGAUUAGCUGGUAAAUAGGACCUAAUCUUAACAAUUGUCUGCACUUAUUUAAGAUAACCAAUAAUUGACAUA